GACAACGUCGCGCGGCAUGGGCGUGUGACCGGCUCGCCGCCCCAGCACCACCGGCACCCCAACAGCAGCAGCAGCAGCAGAGCACAUGGCGGGGCUCUACGAAGACAUUGGCGGGUCGCGCUACCUCAGCAGCUCCAUCAGCUCGCUGUCGGCGUCGCGGCAGCAGUCGUCGCAGAUUGCCAAAGCGUACCGCCAGGCCGCGCAGCUGUUCCUCACGCGCCGCCUGCCCGAGGCGCUGUCGACCAUUGCGCCCAUCAUCGCGCCGCCGCCCACGCCCGACGACGGCCACAGCCUGCCCGCGCCCGCGCCCGUUGCCACGGCCUCGCGGGGCACGCGCAUCAAAGUGUGGAGCUUCUACCUGACCUUCCUCAACAGCGUCGUCGAGCUGGGCGCCGAGGAGGGCAAGCACGCCUUUGGCAGCGCCCGCUGGAAGCAGCUGGUCUCGACCUGCCGCGACGGCAGCGUGUGGGACGACGUCGUGCGCGACGGCUACGCGGGCGUCGCCGGCCAUGUCGACGCCGACGUGGUCGUGAACCUCUCCACCCUGCUGCUCACCCACUCGCCCUCGCAGCGCCUCAACCAGGCCCGCCUUGAGUCGUACCUCGCCGCCACCGCCCACCCGACCUUCGACAUCGCUUCGCACCUCGCCUCGCCCUCGUACCCGCAGCGCCGCAAGUCGCACACCGGCACCGACACCCCGCGCGACCUCAACACACGCAUCAAGCUGCUCGAGCUGUACACCCUGCACGUCCUGCCGCGCAACGACGAGUGGCACUAUGCCCGCGAGUUCAUCACCAUGAGCGAGGUCCUGGACGACGAGCGCAAGGAGGCUUUUCUGCUAGCCCUGCACGGCCUACAGGAGGAGAAGGAGGACGCCGAGAGGCGUGAGGAGAAGCUGCGCCAGCAGCAGCAGGAGCAGCUCGACGAGCGCCGCCGGGAGACCGAGGCCCGCCGCCUGGACCAGGCCAAGCAGGACGACGACCGGAGGAAGCGCGACGAGGAGAACAAACGCCAGUCAAAGCCUGAUGCUGAGCGAAACAAACUCGACGAUCGCCCGCGCCAGCCAAAGUCCGCGUCGACCGGCAGCCAGUCGAGCGGCACCCGGAGGGCUCCAGCGAAGAAGCCCCCGAUCCCGCCACCUGGCUUGUACCACCGCGUGGGCGGCUUAUUUGCCACCAUACAAAAGGUCGUAACCGACUCAGCACGCCAGAUGACCACUAAUCCGCUGGCCUUCUUACGCACUGUACUGUUCCUGAUAGCCUUUGCGUUGGCCUUUGGAAGGAGGGACUUAAGAGAGCGCGUUAUGCGACUGCUUCAACAAGCUAUAGACAAGGUUAAAAGGACUAUAGGCAUGGGCGUUAAGGUAUCUUAUAUAUAACUUCUAUAUAUUAGUAUAGCAGCCUCUUUAGCUUUUCUUAAAGAUUAACCUAUAUUCUCUAAACUUACUUUACUAUUAGCUACUAUAAAUAGAUGUAUAAAACUAUAAAGUAGACUUUAUAAGUAUAAG